AAAAUUUUCGAUCGCUAUUUAUAUAAAAAAAAUUUUCAAUCCGAUCAUAGAUUAAGUUCAGUUUCCUUCACUUCAGUCUGGUUCAUCUCAUCCCCAAUAAAUCACUAAUCUCGUUCUUCUACUAAUAAAUUAUUGUGAUGGCCGAUCUUAGAAGUAUUUCUGAAAACACGAAACGAUUUAGAUGCAAAAGUGAAAGCUAUGACACUGACACUCUCAGUGAACAAAUGAAUUUGGAGCAAAAGGUUGGAGAGUGCUUUGAAAAGUUCAAAAAGCUGAUUGAAUUUGAUGAUGAUUCUAGUGCUCUGGAGUUAUUUCGCAUCAGACACUCUCAGUUUUUAAUAAAAGGUCUGGAACAUUUGUCAGCAUCUUAUUCUAGUUUAGAUGCAAGUAGGACCUGGCUGUGCUAUUGGAUACUACAGAGCAUGUCUUUACUGGAUAUCAACAUGACAGAUGAAAAACUCUCUUGCAUCAUAGAUUUUUUGUCCCGGUGUCAAAAUUCUACUGGAGGCUUUGGGGGGGGCCCAGGGCAGUACUCCCACCUAGCCCCAACGUACGCUGCAGUGAAUGCUCUUUGCAUAAUUGGAACUGAAGAAGCAUACAAAAUUAUUAAUAGGGAAGCCAUGUUCAAAUUCAUCAUGUCUGUGAAGUGUCCAGACGGAAGUUUUAGGAUGCAGGAAGAUGGAGAGAUUGACAUCAGAGGAGCAUAUUGUGCGGCGAGUGUGGCCCGACUUCUCAACAUAGCCACACCUGAAAUGUUUGAUGCCACUCCUGAGUGGAUUGUGAGUUGUCAGACGUACGAAGGGGGGUUUGCUGGCUGCCCUGGAAUGGAGGCGCACGGAGGCUAUUCAUUUUGUGGCCUCGCCGCUCUGGUGCUACUUGGCAAGGAAUGUCUCUGCGAUCAUGCUGCCCUGCUGAGGUGGACAGCCAUGAAGCAGAUGUCAUAUGAGGGUGGCUUCCAGGGCCGCACCAACAAGCUGGUCGAUGGCUGCUACUCAUUUUGGCAGGGGGGCAUAUUCCCCAUACUGCAUACCAUACUCACCAAGCAGGGUGACAAUGCACUGAGUUAUGAGGGAUGGAUGUUUCACCAGAAAGCAUUGCAGGAAUACUUGUUGAUUUGUUGCCAACACGCAUCUGGUGGCCUGGUGGACAAACCAGAGAAGGCCCGGGAUUACUACCACACCUGUUAUUGCCUCAGUGGUCUGUCGAUAGCCCAGCACUUCACGGAGGGCAAGUUGUCCUCCGAAACCGUUGUAGGAAAUAAAUCGAAUAAAAUUGGCCGGACCCACCCUCUGUUCAACAUUACCAUUACAGCUGUGGACAAGGCCCAUGAGUACUUCAAAAAUCAGCCACCCGUAACGCCAACCGAAGGAUGAGUAGAAAAUUAAUUAAUUAUGAUAAUUAGUUAAUCAAUUGUUUAAUUGAUUGAUUUGAUUAAAAACUAAAUUAAGAUGGUUAGUUUAAAUGAAAUAAAUAAAUAAAUAUGACGUCAUUGGAUUGUUUUGUUGUGUUUAUUACAACGAUGUUUAAGUUGUGUUGAUGUGUCUUAAACUUUUUUUUUUCUACCUUGUUCGUCAUAAAUAUUGAAAUUCUUCUCGAUGUAUAUGACGUUUUUUGUGUUCUCAUUAGAAAGUUGGUUCAUGAGUAUCAUAAAUUUUUUAACUUUCUGUAUUUUAUUUCUAUUUAUCUUAAUCCAUUUUUUGGCUUUAUUUCUAAUUACCUCUGCCUCUUUCUGACAACUUCUUUUUAUCUAUCUACCUACUUGUCUAUUUUAUUCUCUCUAUCAAUCAAUUAUCUACCUAGAUAUCUAGCUCUCUAGGUUAAAGUUCAGGUCAUGUAGUGUAUAGUUCAAUUCCUACGUACGCGCACGUGAGUGUAAUGGUCGCAGUUAGGUAAAGAAAAUAACUUCGUAUUUUUGGUUCCGACUUUUGUGAUCAUAUUUUCCUCUUUUCAUUGAUUAUAUUAUUGUUGGAUUUGAAACUUCAUCAAGCCUGUAACUUCGUGACCGAAGAAUUGAACGCGAUUAUUAUUAUUGUUAUUAUUUUCGUUGUUUCUUUCUUUCUUGAUUUUAUUGUUAUUUUUAAUUGCCACCAUUCAUUGGAAUAAAUUAUAUUGACAGA